AUGCUACGAUUGUCCCUUCAACCACUCGGACUGUUUUCGGCCGCACUGUGUGUCCGGAGAUGGGAGGAUUAAACCCUUGAUCGCAGUCAACAGACAGGUGCCCGGGCCAUCUAUUGAGGUGUGUGAGGGUGACCACGUGGUGGUGUGGGUGACCAACGAUAUGGAAGAUGGCCAGGGCACAAGUAUACACUGGCACGGACAGCACCAGAUGAAAACGCCAUACUCGGACGGAGUUGGGCAAAUCACACAGUGCAACAUCGGCGUCAAAGAAACCUUUAAAUACGAGUUCACAGCCUCGCCAGCCGGCACCCACUGGUACCACGGUCACACAGGCAUGCAGCUCGCUGAUGGUUUAUUCGGUGCCUUCAUCGUCCGCCAACCCAAAGACCGAGACCCCAACGGUGCCCUGUACGACGUCGACGAUCACGUCAUGUUGGUAGGAGACUGGAUUCCAGUCACGUCAAUGACAAGAUACGUAGAUCUGAUGUACAACAUUUACGACUCAUCUCUACCACAGGGACUGCACAUCAAUGGCAGAGCUCGCAAAGCUGAUGUCCCAAACAAGUUCAACAUCGUCAAGACGAACCUGACCACAGCCAAGACACCAAUGGAGGUGUUUGAGGUGACGAGGGGUCAGAAGUACAGACUACGUGUGAUUGGAUCGUCCGCCAACUGCCCAAUACACGUGGCAGUAGAGAAACACCAGCUGCAGGUGAUCGCUAGUGAUGGAAUGCCCGUCCGGCCAAGACCAGUCGAUGUCUUCAUAGUCUUUCCAGGUGAGCGAUACGAUUUCCUGUUGUUUGCGAACCAGGUCGUGGGUAACUACUGGAUCAAGGUCGUCGGUUUGGGGGACUGCCGAGUGGCUGAUGUGUCUGCGGCUGCCAUCUUGAGAUAUACGGGGGCACCGGAUGAAGACCCCAGUACUGAAACCAUGUUCUCGACUGCAGGCGGGGUGAUGUUAAAUCCAACACCCUCUAAAGGUUCGGAGCUUUACGGGACAAAUCACAGUUGGCUCCGCCCAGCAGAGCUGAGGAAUGCCAUAGAUGUCAACCUGACACAACAAGCAGUGGACAGAAGGUUGUAUAUAGGUAUGGAAUUCAACAACAACGACAACCAGAAAUACAACAACAAAGAACUGUAUCCAACGUCUGUUCUUCCGCCCCGUAAAGGACAUUUUACACCUGUUAUGGAUAAUAUAGUGGAGCUAGUUGUGAUAAACCAAGCGAAGACAUUCUCGGAAGUAGGUCAUCCUGUACAUCUUCACGGUCAUAGCUUCUACAUUAUGGGAGAAGGACAGAGGGGAAGAUUCCCCGCAACUACAUCAACCCCCCCUCACAAAGACACCGUCAACGUGCUCGACGCCGGUUACGUCAUUCUCAGAUUUCAGGCCAAUAAUCCAGGCUUCUGGUUCUUCCAUUGUCACACUGACAGUCAUCUGGCCCAGGGGAAGGCCUUGCUAGUGAAGAUAGGAGAAUACGAGGACUUCCCUCCCAUACCUUCCACCUUCCCCAAGUGUGGAGGGUGGGGCUUCUCUAACGCCAAGAAGAAAGAGGAUCGCCCAUGUGUCACCAGUGGAUCUGCCCAGCACUCGCUUAGUUUCCUGGUGGCCAUCUCAUUAGCAAUAGUUGCAUGCAGGAGUAUUGGCCAAUAA